GCGCAAUAAUAACAAAAAGCGCUGUUUUAUGUUUUUUAAAAAUAAAUUGUUAUUUACCGCGCAUAUAUCAGUAAUAUUAAAUGGUUUCAUGUCUAUUUUUUGAUAUUAUAUACUUGAUAAUUUCAUAUGACUGAACCAAAAGUGCGACUUCAUGUGCAAGAGUUGAUGAAAACACUUAGAUGUAAUGAAAAACAGAGUGAAAAUGCAUCAUGUGACAUGUAUGUUGAAGCUUUACUGAAGAAAAAUAUACACCCCUCUACUAUAAAAGCACUGUCAAUGUCAACUAUUAAUAAAUUAGCUGAGUCGUCUCAAGAACCUGACAGAUUUCUUCAAAUGUAUGAAGAUAUGAAGCUCAAACAUACUCAAGGUUUAGAUUCAGCUGUAUGCUUACUAUCAAAAGUUCAGAAUAGUGGAGAGGUAAAAAGUUUUCUCAAACGAGAUGCUGUUAAUAAAACUAAUGGAAGCAUCUCCCACCUGUCUGAAAAAUCAAGUUUUAAUGAGAAGUCAAAUCUUAGCAAUGGAAAUAUCUCUUAUAAAGAAAACCAUGUGAACCUGAAACAAAUUUUGGGUAACAGUUUUACCUCUUCUAAUAAGAUCACCUUAGAAAAAAGAAAAGUUCCUCCUGGAAUACAUCCACUAUCUAAGUCUCUAAGAGACAGAGUUCACUUAAGUUGGGAUUUUGUAGAGGACUCAGGAUCAGAUUUUAUAGUAAGUGGUCCAAUUGGUGUUUUACCACCAAAUGUGCAAGAGAGUCGUUUGAUCGAUGAUGUACUUUUCUGCCUUGUGGGAAUAGAAGGUGACUACAUUCACUGCCAAAAGCUGUCAAAUUUGGAUAGUAAAAAGUCUUUCCGUAUUGAUGAUAGUGCAAAUGUAGCUUUGAAACUACUAGUUCAAAAUAUGCUUCCUAUGUUCUCCCAUUAUUCUACUAUAAUACAAUUCGUAGAAGAAAACAUUAAUUAUGAAAAAGGUCUUGUUAACCAUGCCCUCUCUGCAGCUAUGAGGACUUUUUUGAAAGAUUACUUUAUUUUGGUUUCUCAACUUGAGAGUCAGCAUUUGCAACACAAUCUGACUCUUCAAAAACUGUGGUUUUAUUUACAACCAUCUUUAACAACCCUCGAAACCAUUGCAGAAAUUGCUUCUACUCUUAAAAAGAAAAAUUACUUUGGAGGAGCAGUUUUGUCAUUUUUGCAUGAAAAUACAUCCUCUCUCACUGGGUCAAGUAAAUCACAAGAGAUCUGUCACUCUCUUACCAGAGCAGCUUCACUUCCAUAUUUUGAAAUCUUAGAGAAAUGGAUUUACAAAGGAAUUAUUUCAGACUGUUACUCUGAAUUUUUGGUUGAAGAUAAUGAAAUCAUCAAAAAAGAGGACUUACCUCAUGAAUAUAGUGAUGCAUAUUGGGAAAAGCGAUAUACUAUUCGCUGUGAUCAAAUACCCACAUUCUUGGUAAAGGCAGCUGAUAUGAUUCUUCGAACUGGAAAGUACAUCAAUGUCAUAAGGCAAUGUGGUAAAACUGUAAAUUGUCCUGAUGCUAAAGCUAUUGUCUACACCAUGCGAGAAAGCCAAUAUAUAGAAUGCAUUGAGCCAGCUUAUCAUUUUGCAAGCAAAAAGCUUCUUGAUCACUUGAUGGAUGAUACUGACUUGAGGAAGAGACUUCUCUCAGUAAAGCACUACUUCCUCCUUGAUCAAGGAGAUUUCAUAAUCCAGUUUAUGGACAUGGCUAGUGAAGAAUUGCAGAAAGAUAUUGAUGAUAUAAUGCCAACAAGAUUAGAAUCACUUUUAGAAUUAGCACUUCGUACCAGCGUAGUAAAUGAAGACAAGUAUAAAGAUGAUGUUAGGGUUGAACUGCUUCCAUAUGACUUGCUGACUCAAAUGUUUAAAAUACUUAAGAUUCCUUCUGAUAUGCAGACUGAGUAUAGAAACUCUGGAAUUGGAUCACUUACAGGAUUAGAAGCAUUUGCCUUUGAUUAUGAAGUCAAGUGGCCACUUUCUCUUGUUAUUAACCGAAAGGCUUUAGCUUAUUACCAAAUUCUCUUUCGACAUUUGUUCUAUUGCAAGCAUAUUGAAAAUUUACUUGGGCAAGUCUGGUCUUUAAAUAAGCAAACCAAAUCUCUUCCUCGAUCUGAAAUUUGCAUUUAUGCUCCAGCUUUUGCACUGAGGCAGAGAAUGCUAAAUUUUAUUCAAAACUUAGACUAUUACUUAACUCUUGAGGUUAUUGAACCUCACUGGAAUGACUUUUUCAGAAAGAUAUCUCAGGUCACCAACAUCGAUGAAGUUUUAGAUUGCCACAACGAUUUUCUUGAAAAAUGUGUUGAUGAUUGCAUGUUAACAAAUCCAGGUCUUCUCCAAGUAUUGGCUACUCUUAUGAAAUUGUGUGCUGAUUUCUCAAUAUUUUUGCAGGGCUUUAUGAAGUGCUCUGAAACUGAAGUUUCAAUCAUGGGAGAUAGUCUGUUGCAUUCUAUCAAUGAAUUUCCACUCACUACGAUGUGUCCUAAAUCGUUGGAGAAUUUUCAACUACAAAUAACAAAUUUUGAAAAGAAAUUUGAUGACAGCAUAAUACAUAUGCUAAAAAUCUUACACACUGUGAACCAAAGCAAACAAACUUCGAAAAUUAUAAAUAUGCUGUACAGAUUAGAUUUCAGUAGAUAUUAUGAAGAGAUGAGCCAGAAAGAACUUGAAAAUUUAGAUCAUGUUUUCUGUUUAUAAUUUAUUGUUUUUCUCAUUAAAAAUUUACAUAUUGUAUUUUAUUGUUAUAAUCUUGUUGCAUUUAUUAUGUUAAAAUAAAAUAAAUGAAUAUCUGAAUUGAAUAUGCCCUAAAUUUAAUUUGUGAACAUUUACUAUAAGAUAAAACUAUUUAUAUGCAAGUUUUCACACAAAAAUUAUUUUUUUCUUUUAAAAUUUGUAUGUACUAUCUAAUACCUCAAAAGCUCUUCCUCAUAUAGCAGAAGUUUAAAUCAGUAUUGAAUUUUUAUAUAUAAUAAUGUGAUUUGCAAAUUGAAAACAAUAUUAAAUUAUAAAGAGAAAAUUACUACAACUACAUAUCAUAAUAUAUUUUAUACUGUAUAAAAAUAAUGUUUUCAUUUCUGAACUCCUGUUAUUUUUGCCAAUUGUUAUACUUUUAAGGUUAUUAUUAUUAUUAGUCACAUAAAUUCUUAUCAUUCACUUAGCUGACUAAUAAGAAAUUUCACUAUUCUCUUCUAGAUAAUAUUUUCAUCAUAUUGAAAAAAUUCUUUUAUUAAUAUUGUUAGUAAUUUUUUGAUUUUCAUGUUAUUUGUAGUUGUGCAAAAUUUUUAAUGAAAAUUAUUUUGUAAUCUUAGAUAUUUUUAUUAAUAUCUAAGAUAAGAUAUCUUAGAUCUUUAGAUCACUGUUCUUUAUCUUUUAAUACUAAAUGAAAGUUUAUAUUUUUCUUCCAAAUGGAGCAAUGGAGAUAUAAUGUUCUUAACACUGAUGUGGCUAAAUACUAGUAGUUUUGUUUACAGAUUGAAGUUGCUAUCAUUAAAGUUAUUUUUAAUAACAACCGUUGCGUAAUAAUGUUUUCGUAUUUAAUGCAUGUUAUUCUUAAAACUGUCAAUUAACAAUUGUAAGUUAAUUAAAUUAACAUGUAAAUAUAUCAGUUUCGAAUUGUGCGGAAAACUUAAAAACAUGCCAACCUGUAGUUGUAUUGAUAUACAGUUCUUUGUAAUAGUGCCAUUAAUAUAAUGUACAAAAUAUGAAAUAAAAUUUUGUUCUAUUUA